GUGUGUAUAUUAACCGUGUUGCUGUGUUGUGUGUUGUGUGACAGUGUGAUGGCGGACAGUCUUUGUCCUGCUGGAGGAAUCUAACAUGAUGGCCGCUGACGGCUGCUGCAGAGCGAUGGACCGCGGCAGAGCGAAGGUUUCCUCGGAGUCUGUGCCCAGAGCAGCGUUCCCUCCCCCGCAGCAGCAGCCGCAGCCUCCGGGCUCCGACAUCCAGGAGCUGGCGUCGAAGCGCGUGGACAUCCAGAAGAAGCGCUUCUACCUGGACGUGAAGCAGAGCGUGCGCGGCCGCUUCCUGAAGAUCGCGGAGGUGUGGAUCGGGAGAGGCCGCCAUGACAACAUCCGGAAGAGCAAGCUGACGCUGUCCAUGUCCGCGGCCCCGGCGCUGCGCGGCUGCCUCGGGGACUUCAUCGACUACUACGCGCGCAUCGGGCUCCGGGGCCUCGGGCUCGCGCCGCUCGACGAGCCGCACAGUAACGGACAGGGCCGCGUGCACGAGCCCCGCAGGAGAGCGCAGGAGCACGCGCCGCUGUCUCCCGCCGGGUCCGCCGCGUCCGACGAGCACGCGCAGCGCGUGCUGAAGAGCGAGCUGAUCGAGCGCGAUAACCGGAAGUACUUCCUGGACCUGAAGGAGAACCAGCGCGGCCGCUUCCUGCGCAUCCGCCAGACGGUGAGCAAGGGCCACGGCACCAUGGGCUACUACGGCCAGGGAAUCGAACACACCAUCGUGCUGCCCGCGCAGGGCCUCAUCGAGUUCCGGGACGCGCUGUCGCAGCUUAUUGAAGACUACGGGGACGAUGACGGGGACGAGCGCGGCCGAACCGGCUCCCGGAACCACGAGGACGAGGACGAAAGCCCCGAGCUGCCCGAGGCCGCGUCCUUCCGCGUGGACAACAAGAGGUUCUACUUUGACGUCGGGUCCAACAGGUUCGGAGUGUUCCUGAAGAUCAGCGAGGUCCGGCAGCCGUACCGGAACACCAUCACCGUCCCGCUGAAGGCCUGGGCCCGCUUCGGAGACAACUUCCUCCGCUACGAGGAGGAGAUGAGACGGAUUUUCACUUGUCACAAAGAGAAGAGGACAGAGACGAGACAGGACAGCGAGGAGCAGGAGGACUGACCUGGACUGGAGUUACAUGUCCUCCAGGGGCCCCACAUGUCCCCAGGGGCCCUGCAGACAUGUCCAUUAGGGCCCCACAUGUCCUGCAGGGACCUGCAGACAUGUCCCUUCAUGUCUACCAGGGGCCCUGCAGACAUGUCCUUCAAUAGUCUCCAUGAUGAACGGUCUGUGUCCCCACAACUCCCCUAAGGGCUGGUAAAUGACUAAUCUGAACCUGCCAAGA